UAUAGUCAUAUAAAAGCAGAAUUUCUUUUUCGGCAGUUAUAUUUUUACUUAGUUUGUCACGGAUUAAUUGAAAAGGAAAACAUAAUUAAUAAGCGGAGGCAUUUUGUUUUUAGUUGAUCAGUUUUUGAAGAUGAAGGUUCUAAAUGUUUUAUUUUUUGUCCAGUUCUUUAUAACUGUAAAGACUGCCACCAUAGCCCCGACCACAGAGUCACCCGAAGACGUGUGCCUAUUCAGUGAAAAUGCUAAUUAUUGCUGGAACCAGGCCUGGACUAACCUAAGCUACUUUAGUAACUACUCCAUUUUUAUAGAUGAUCCAGUCUCGACACAGGCAACUUUAUGUCGCGCCAAAUCGUGUUUUGAACCGGUAUUCACGAACUGUUCCAAGAAGGCACAAGAACAGUUCAUGUUGUACAAAGGGUUGGUGGAUUAUCUCUGCUCGAGUUCAGGAUUUAGAGAUUUCCUGGACUUUAAUCCAUGUUUCCAAAAUAGCACGUUUACAGAGACCUUCUAUACGUGUGGUGCAACGGAAGAUAUUUGCUUGUAUCUGGAGCAGAAGAAGAACUGCAGUAUGGAAGCAGCAACUCGGCUCUGUCCUGGCAACAACGCCCAGAAACUGGGUGACGCUCUGGACAAAAUUCUCAAACUAUUCUUAGACUAUACUUGUAAACCUAGCACCACUAUGGAGACCACGCUCAGUCCCUCGCUACCUGAAACAACGACAACAGCCAUGAGUUCAGACCCACCCACGGACACGACCCUCAGCCCCGUGCCAGUUGAGACGACCACAGCCUUGAGCCCAGCCCCACCCAGGGACUACAACACCUGCUACAGGUGCAGCAGUGGGCGUUACGGCGAGUGCGAGAACGACAUGUGUCCAGCCAAUGGAAACAUCUGGGCGUGGUCAAAGUUUCAUUACGCCAGGUGUAGUGGACCUUGUAUGUCCACUGUAACCAGAGGUUCAAGGGCAGUUGUCCGUGGAUGUUCAGACGGCAAGUUCCCAGGUCUACGUAUCCCAGCCAAUGGCUGCCUGACUCACAAGAAGGAAAUCACGUGCUUUUGUACUGGUGACCGCUGUAACACCAGAAAUAUGGAGCACGAGCAGACCAAGAUGAGGAACAGACGUAACUAAAGAAACGUCGGACUUCAAGAAUAUUUUUAAAAAUUCAUUCUAUCUUUCGCACACUUAAUCUUUUGAUUCUUUUCAAAUUAAUUUAACUUUUAAAAAUAGUAUAAGAAAACUUAGUACUCAGGGGUAAUUCAUAAACAAUCACAAUGUUUCAUACUUAGGUGUCGUUCAUAAUAAUAUGACAAUUGAUAAAAUAUAUUUUAAUUUUUGUUUUAAACAAAAUUGUUUUUGUAGGGGACUGGAUGGCAUCAUUAUAGAAGAAGUCUGGGCUUUUUGUACGCCACAUAGCAUGAGGGGGUUAGAAUUUAAGCGAGGCUAAAGCUACGUGACAUCAUGUAUGAAUUACCCCAUUGUAGACUUUUAACUGUUUUGCUUUUCAUAGAAGUAAAUAGUGCUUAAUUGCUUCAUCACAAACAUUUGACCAUAAAUUUACAAAAGCAGCUUUAAUAAAAUGAAUCAAGUACGAUGGUCGUAUCAAUCAUCCAGUGGCGUCACUAGGUGAGGGGGGGGGGGGCGGGGUGU